CUCGGGCGCUCUCACGCUCGCCUGCGGCGUGGCCACGUGCGACGCCGAACAAGGCGACGUCCUGCACCGCCGACUCUGCACUGCCCGCAGCCCUCGCCGUCUCGCUGUGCUGUGUGCUCGUUGCACAGCCUCCCCUCUAGCCAUUCGGGCUGCGUUUGCGGGGUACUCGGACGAAACUCGUGUGCACUGCACACAUUGCUUACGCUCACAUUCCUGGCGCUCCGCUUACGUAGCGGUUACCAGCCGCCGCUUCCAUGCCCCACAGCCAUCAUUCACACUCUGGUCAAUUCUGCAAGCAUGCAUCCGGCACACUUGGGGAGGUCGUCCUGGAAGCCAUCAAACAGGGUUUCGACGUGUAUGGUCUGACCGAACACGCACCCCGAUAUCGUGUGGAAGAUCUAUAUCCGGAAGAGGAAGGACUGGCGUUAGAUGUGCUGCGAACCCAAUUUGAUCAAUUCUUGGAUGAGGCGCAUCGCCUGAAGGAGACUUAUGCUGGACGGAUCAAUCUGUUUGUGGGCCUCGAGACCGAGUUCAUAACAGAGGUCGAUAUCACGAACCUGGAGGUUACCCUGAAGAGACACGAGGGGCGGAUCGAAUACCUUGUUGGCUCAAUCCAUCAUGCCAAUGGCAUCCCGAUCGAUUUCGACGAGCCAACGUUCCAGAAGUGUCUUGCCAGCUUUGGGGGAGGAACAUCGUCCAGCGCCAGUGCCAGCGCAGCCCACAAGCAGAUGGAGGCGUAUCUGUGCUCGUACUUUGAUGCACAGUACGAAGUCCUCCAGCGGCUACACCCUGAAGUUAUCGGCCAUAUUGACUUAUGCCGGCUGUACAACCCCUCGCUUAGGCUCGCUGAUUAUCCGCGCGCUUGGGAGAAGCUGGAGAGGAAUAUCCGCUAUGCGAUAGAGUACGAUGCGCUGUUCGAAUUAAACGCCGCUGCACUGCGUAAGAAGUGGGAUACAUCGUAUCCGGGAGAAGAUGUUGCACAGCUGAUCAUGAAACACAGUGGGCGGUUCGCGUUAUCCGACGACAGUCACGGCCCGCAUGCCGUCGGCCUCGACUAUGACCGGAUGGCUGGAUAUGCUCAACGUAUCGGCAUCAAUGAGCUCUGGACAUUGGAGAGGAAAGAACGUCGAAACGCAGGCGGAAGGUACCUUCAUCCAGUCAAAGUGGAGGGCGACUGCUGGAAACAUGUUUUCUGGGAAAGGAGAGGUUCCCAGUAGGCGUGGCUGUUUGUGUGCUAACCGGCGUUAUCUUCGUUCUUCGUUGCUUGGUUUCCGUUGUAACACAGAAUACAAUCAGAUACAAUCCUUUGUAUGAGCACUAUUAUCUGUGGCUUGGCGCUGUAUUAAGGCACGGUUGUGUUAUCUCACGCGCUGAGCUGUAUGUGGCGGAC